CAGGAGCCCGUGAUUAAGGGACUUUGAACUUUUCAAGGGAUUUGGAGUUUUAUGAAGAAUUUGAAGAUUUACAGAGUUUACAGGAAUGGAGCUGACCAGUCACUAUGACAUGCCUUAUAUCUCCAAGAGCAUAAAUAUAAGGCAUGGCAUGAGAGGACCAGCAGCCACUGUUCUCAUAUAUGAUGAAUAAGAACAGCAGAGUCCACACUGAUUCUAACAUAAGGAAUACCUUUUUCACUGAAAUUGGCAUUGGAAUCUUAGCCAACAGUUUCCUACUUCUCUUCCACAUCUUCAAGUUUAUUCGUGGACAGAGGUCCAGACUCACUGACCUGCCCAUUGGUCUCUUGUCCCUAAUCCACCUACUGAUGCUACUGAUGGGGGCAUUCAUAGCCAUAGACAUUUUUAUUUCUUGGAGGGGAUGGGAUGACAUCAUAUGUAAAUUCCUUGUCUACUUGUACAGAAGUUUUAGAGGUCUCUCUCUUUGUACCACCUGCAUGUUGAGUGUCCUGCAGGCCAUCACCCUCAGCCCCAGAAGCUCCUGUUUAGCAAAGUUCAAACAUAAGUCUCCCCAUCACGUCUCCUGUGCCAUUAUUUCGCUGAGCAUCCUCUACAUGUUCAUUAGCAGUCACCUCUUAGUAUCCAUCAAUGCCACCCCCAAUUUGACCACGAACAACUUUAUGCAAGUUACUCAGUCCUGCUACAUUAUACCCUUGAGUUACCUCAUGCAAAGCAUGUUUUCUACACUUCUGGCCAUCAGAGAUAUCUCUCUUAUUAGUCUCAUGGUCCUCUCGACUUGUUACAUGGUGGUUCUCUUGUGUAGGCACAGGAAUCAGAUCCAGCAUCUUCAAGGGACCAACCUUUCCCCAAAAGCAUCUCCAGAACAAAGGGCCACACAGACCAUCCUGAUGCUCAUGACCUUCUUUGUCCUAAUGUCCAUUUUCGACAGCAUUGUCUCCUGUUCAAGAACUAUGUAUCUGAAUGAUCCAACAUCUUACUAUAUUCAAAUAUUUGUAGUGUACAUCUAUGCCACAGUCAGCCCUUUUGUGUUUAUGAGCACUGAAAAACAUAUAGUUAACUUUUUGAAGUCCAUGUGUGUGAGGGUGAAGAAUGUUUGAAUAUUCAUUAAUGGACAAGAUCCUUUAAGAGGAGCCAAUGUAGUCAUCAGAACUGUCAGUCAUGGUGUGCUGUCUAUGUGCUUUGGUAUAUGUGAAUCAUGAAGUUGUUUUUCUGUUAAAAUGAUUUACUUUAACCAACUCAUGAUUGUAAACAUGUAACAGAAGAUUAAACAAUAUCCCCUUCG